AGCUCGGAAUUUGCCCUUUGUGGCGCGUGUGUUUAUCGUUGAAACUCGUAUUCAAGACGUGUGCAGAAGAGUAGUUGAGAAGAGACUUCAUACAAUUUAUGUCAAAGUAAAUCGCAGACAACGAAAUCUUGUUUGUUUACUGUAGCCCAACGGCACAUUUAGUAAUUUCACAGGGAAUCUUUCAGAUUUGUAAAGCGUGUGCCGCUAGCCGGCCCUUUGCAGCCCGGCAGACAUGGCGGAUGUGACUGCUCGCAGCCUGCAGUACGAGUACAAAGCGAACUCCAAUCUUGUAUUGCAAGCAGAUCGUUCAUUGAUCGAUCGUACAAGGAGAGAUGAGCCCACUGGAGAAGUGUUGUCUCUUGUGGGGAAGCUUGAGGGGACGAAAAUGGGAGAUAAAUCCCAAAGGACCAAGCCUCAGAUGUUGGAGGAGAGACGGGCAAAGAGACGUAAGAGAGAUGAAGACAGACAUGACAUUAACAAGAUGAAAGGUUACACACUUCUUUCUGAGGGUAUUGAUGAAAUGGUAGGAAUCGUUUAUAAGCCAAAGACUAAGGAAACCAGAGAGACCUAUGAAGUCUUGCUGAGUUUUAUUCAGGCUGCACUGGGAGAUCAGCCACGUGACAUUCUCUGUGGAGCAGCAGAUGAGGUCCUUGCAGUUCUGAAAAAUGAGAAGAUGCGGGAUAGGGAAAGGCGCAAAGAAGUUGAGCAGUUGUUGGGUCCUACAGAUGACACUCGUUAUCAUGUGUUAGUGAACUUGGGAAAGAAAAUCUCUGACUAUGGUGGAGAUAAGGAUCUUCAAAAUAUGGAUGACAACAUUGAUGAAACCUAUGGAGUAAAUGUGCAGUUUGAAUCUGAUGAAGAGGAAGGAGAUGAAGAUACCUAUGGGGAAGUAAGAGAUGAGGCCUCUGACCAGGAUACUGAAGGUGAAGAGGCAGAUUUAACUUGUACGCUCACUGCUAAUUUGGGCACAACCGGAGAUGUGAUGAGUUCCAAGAAGAAAGAUCUCCACCCUAGGGAUAUUGAUGCGUUUUGGCUUCAGAGGCAACUUAGUCGCUUCUAUGAUGAUGCUAUUGUGUCUCAGAAAAAGGCAGAUGAAGUCCUGGAAAUUUUAAAGACAGCUAUUGAUGACAGAGAGUGCGAGAAUCAGCUGGUCCUUUUGCUUGGCUUUAAUACUUUUGACUUUAUCAAGAUCCUUCGACAGCACAGAAGAAUGAUUCAGUACUGUACUAUGUUAGCCAGUGCUCAGAGUGAGGCGGAGAAAGAAAGAAUUAUGAAUAAAAUGGAGUCAGACCCUGAUCUCUCCAAAGUACUGUAUCAGCUUCAAGAAACUGAGAAAGAAGAUAUAAUUCGGGAGGAGAGAUCCAGACGAGAACGGGUUCGAAAGUCCCGUGUGGAUAAUGAUUUGGAAGCUAUCGAUAUUGAUCAACAAGGAGAGUCACUAGCACCAAGGCAAGUACUAGACUUGGAGGAUUUGGUAUUCACUCAAGGCAGCCACUUCAUGGCAAACAAGCGUUGUCAGUUGCCUGAUGGGUCAUUCAGAAAGCAGCGCAAAGGAUAUGAAGAGGUUCACGUACCCGCUCUCAAACCAAAGCCAUUUGCAGAUGACGAGAUUCUUGUACCAAUAGAGAAACUUCCCAAAUAUGCACAAGCAGGGUUUGAGGGAUUUAAAACUUUAAACAGAAUUCAGAGCAAGUUGUUCAAAUCUGCCAUGGACUCUGAUGAAAACCUGCUGGUUUGCGCCCCCACAGGAGCUGGUAAAACGAAUGUAGCAUUAAUGUGCAUGUUUCGAGAAAUUGGAAAGCAUAUCAAUUUGGAUGGCACCAUUAAUGUGGAUGAUUUCAAAAUAAUCUAUGUAGCCCCUAUGAGGUCUCUCGUACAGGAGAUGGUGGGCAGCUUUAGUAAGCGCUUGGCGAGUUAUGGCAUUACUGUAUCUGAGCUUACUGGUGACCAUCAACUCUGUAAAGAAGAGAUAAAUGCAACCCAGGUCAUUGUUUGUACUCCAGAAAAAUGGGACAUCAUUACUAGGAAGGGAGGCGAACGCACAUACACCCAGCUUGUGAGACUCAUUAUAAUUGAUGAAAUCCAUUUGCUCCAUGAUGAUCGUGGUCCUGUACUAGAAUCGCUAGUUGCUCGUACAAUCCGAAAUAUUGAGAUGAUACAAGAGGAUGUACGUUUGGUUGGUCUGAGUGCCACACUCCCUAACUAUGAAGAUGUGGCCACAUUUCUUCGAGUAGAUCCUGCUAAAGGUCUCUUCUACUUUGACAACAGUUUUCGUCCAGUACCCCUUGAACAGACCUAUGUUGGUAUCACUGAAAAGAAAGCAAUCAAAAGAUUUCAGAUUAUGAAUGAGAUUGUGUAUGAGAAAAUUAUGGAACAUGCUGGCAAAAACCAGGUAUUGGUUUUUGUUCAUUCUCGCAAAGAAACUGGAAAAACUGCAAGGGCAAUUAGAGACAUGUGUUUAGAAAAAGAUACCUUGGGACUUUUUCUACGGGAAGGUUCAGCCUCCACUGAGGUCCUCAGAACUGAAGCUGAGCAAUGUAAGAAUCUGGAACUAAAAGACUUGCUACCAUACAGUUUUGCAAUUCACCAUGCUGGCAUGACCCGAGUGGACAGAACACUUGUUGAAGAUCUGUUUGCUGACAGGCAUAUCCAGGUACUGGUAUCAACUGCCACUUUGGCUUGGGGUGUCAACUUACCAGCACACACGGUAAUCAUUAAAGGAACACAGGUUUAUAGUCCUGAAAAAGGACGAUGGACAGAGCUUGGGGCCCUUGAUGUUUUACAGAUGUUGGGAAGAGCUGGUCGACCCCAGUAUGACACAAAGGGAGAAGGCAUUCUCAUCACAUCCCAUGGAGAGCUGCAGUACUACUUAUCCUUGCUCAACCAGCAGCUUCCUAUUGAAAGCCAGAUGAUUUGUAAGCUUUCAGAUAUGCUCAAUGCAGAGAUUGUCUUGGGAAAUGUACAGAAUGCAAAGGAUGCUGUUAACUGGCUUGGUUACACUUACUUAUACAUUCGCAUGCUGCGGAACCCUCCACUGUAUGGGGUGCCUCAUGAUGAGAAAAGUGGAGAUCCCCUGCUUGAGCGUCGUCGCCUGGACCUUGUACACACUGCAGCAGUAAUCCUUGAUAAAAACAAUCUUGUGAAAUAUGACAAAAGGACUGGUAGCUUUCAGGUCACAGAUCUAGGACGAAUUGCAAGUCACUUCUACAUUACUCAUGACUCAAUCCAGACUUACAACCAACUGCUGAAACCUACAUUAAGUGAAAUUGAACUAUUUAGAGUGUUCUCCCUAUCUUCAGAGUUCAGGAACAUAACUGUUCGUGAGGUAAAGUUCACCACUCUCAAAUAUAGUGUCAUUAUCAAUAGUUUUAUUUUAGUUUAAUAUUCCAUUUAGUGCAAAACAUAUUUUCAG